GGGACAUUGGGGCGAGGUUGGUUUUCGUCUUACUCGCCGCAACAUGGUAGAAAUAGUCGCGCCGUUCAUUCUUUUCUGACAUCUACCCGAUUCCAACACACGUGAAGAAGUUGGUAUAUCUGGAGUUGCAACACAAGAUGGCCUUUGAAAAAGUCAUUGUCAUUGAUGCUUCAACCCAUAUGAUGGGAAGGCUGGCAUCUGUUAUAGCCAAGUGUAUUUUGCAAGGACAACGCAUUGUUGUUGUGCGAUGUGAGGAUAUCAACAUCAGUGGUAAUUUUUACCGUAACAAGCUGAAGGUUAUGGAUUACUUAAGAAAGCGAAUGAAUACGAAGCCAUCCAAGGGGCCAUAUCAUUUCCGUGCCCCCAGCAAAUGCUUGUUCAAAGUUGUCCGCGGAAUGAUCCCACACAAAACUAAACGUGGCAUGGAAGCUCUUAACCGCCUAAAAGUUUUUGAUGGUAUUCCCCAUCCUUAUGACAGAAUGAAGAGAAUGGUUGUGCCAUCUGCACUUAGAGUUUUAAAACUCAAACCAGGUCGUAAAUAUUGCAGACUUGGACGACUUAGCUCAGAAACUGGAUGGAAAUAUGAGGGUGUCGUCAAAGCCCUUGAAGAAAGGCGAAAAGCUAAAGCUCAAGUUUAUUACCAAGCUAAAAAGAACGCUUUGAAACUACGUGCUGAGGCUGAAAAACAAGUUGCAUAAAGUGUAUAUUUUGAAGACGUUUGAAAUAAAUGAACUCAAAGA